AUGUCUCGUGGCGGUACGACUCUCUACGUCACCGGCUUCGGCCACGGCACCCGCGCCCGCGACCUUGCCUACGAAUUCGAACGCUAUGGACGCCUUGUUCGGUGCGAUAUUCCGGCUCCGCGCUCGGCCUCUAGCAGACUCUUCGCCUUUGUCGAGUAUGAAAGUCGUCGCGAUGCUGAUGAUGCCUAUCACGAGAUGCACAACAAGCGCAUCGGUCGUGACGACUUGUUGAAGAUCGAGUGGGCCCGUACGCCUCCUUCAGCAUCCUGGCGUUUCGACUCUGGCGCUGCCCGUGACCGUGGCGCGCCUCGCGGACGCGACCGCUCUCCUAGGCGUCGUAGCCUCUCCCCUCGUCGUGGCCGUGGCGACUACUCCCCGCGCAAGGACGACCGUCGUGAGCGUGACUACGACCGCCGUGAUCGUGACCGCAGUCGAAGCCCCGAUGACCGUGACCGCGAGAUGAAGGAUCGUGACCGCGAGGAAUCUGAUCGUGACCGUGAACGCGAGCGCGGAGACCGUGGAGACCGUGAGCGUGAGCGUGAGCGUGAUCGCGAGAACGGUACCGGAAACGGUGAAGAACGCAAAGUUGAGACUCCUCCUGCAGGAGCCCACGAUGACCUUGAUACGGCGGAGUAGACCCGUCGUCAAUUGCCAGGCGGUCCUGUCGACAGUGCAUCUGACCGUCUUGCAUUAAUCGGCUGCACAGGUGUGGAGAGACAUUCCCAUGGGUUCGGUCUUCCUUUCCUUUUCGAUGGCGGCGAGAUUGCGACUAGGUUUCAGCUUAAUUCAGCAGGCAGCACGAUCGAUGCGGAACAUGGGAGACAAACGAACGACGAUCGGCGAUAACCAAUUCGAUCGGUGACGAUGCCUUUAUCGAUCCGUCGGUCGAGCGAGUCGGUUUGCGGAAUUAUCAUCCUUGUACUUUACUUUACUCGAUCGAAUGCCCAUAGAGCCUUUCCCACGUCCUCCGAUGCCUAUUGAACCUCGAUGCCCUCCCCGACGCGAAUCCCCCCUCCGCCGCCUCUAAUAUGAAGGUUUGUAUAGGUCGUUUCCUAGCGUUCAGAACACAUGUGCGUGCGAAAUCAUUGUGACAUAAAAUAUGAUAUCGAGACAUCCCACGCCUU